AUGAAGAAAUAUGAAUUCAAUUCUAGAGCUUCAAAUGCAAUAUUGAGUGCCUUAGCACCUGACGAGUACACUAGAUUUAUGAAUUGCAAAUCAGCUAAGGAGAUUUGGGAUAAACUGCAAAAUUUUCAUGAGAGAGACAGUAGGGUAAAAGAAUUCAAGCUUCUUAUUCAUUGGAAUGAAUUUGACGCUAUGAGAAUGGGAAAAAAUGAGAAAAUAGAAACCUAUAUAAAUAGAGUGUUAAAGAUAGUAAAUUCUAUAAGAGGACUUGGUGAAGAACUGUCAGACACGGUGGUUGUGAAAAGAUUUAUGAGAACCCUGCCUCCCAUUUAUAAUGCCAAGAUCUCAGUGUUGGAAGAAAGAGACUUGAACAAGGUAACUAUUGAUGAGUUACAAAGUACCCUAGUUGCAUAUGAAAUGCAAAUUGACUCUCCUAUCCAAGCUAAUUCUAGUAAGGAAGUUGCAUUCAAUGCCAUGAAAAAGUUGAAAAUAACUGAAGGUAGAAGCAACUCCAGAGAUGAGGACAAUAAUGAUGUAAUUGCAUAUUUGUCAAAGCAACUCAAAAAGGGAACAUGCAAAUACAAGGGCAAGCUUCCACUUAAGUGCUUUGAGUGUGAUGACAUAGGUCACUUUGCUUCACAGUGUCCUAACAAGAAAGAGCUACAUGACUCAGAUGAUGAAGAGGAGGAAGUGCCUAAGAAGAGAUUCUUUAAAGUCAAAUGCAAGAAAACUUACAGUUCUAAGAAGAAUAGAAACUUUAAGAGGAGAAGCCUAAUUUCCAAAAAUUGCAGUGAGUCUUCUAAUGAAGAUUCUAGUGAAGAUGAAGAAGAUGGCUCAGGUGAAGCCAUGUUUAUGGCAGCUGAGUCUAGACCAAGAAAUAACUCAUCCACUCAAUCUCUAGAAGAAAAUGACCAAAGUGAUGAUGAAGAAGAAGGUGCAGUGGACCUAGAACUUGAAUUGAAGUCAGCACUUCAUACACUCUUAGUGGAAGAGAAGAAGACUGAGAAACUCACAAAGCAACUGAAACAUGCAGAAGAUCUAAUUGUGGAGCUGAAGGUCUUGUCUGAUGAAUCCAAGGGAAUUAUAGAAGAAAAUGAUCAGAAUCUUAUGGAGAAAACUCAAAUGAAUGAGUCACUUGAAAGAGAAAAGAGAAUUCAAGAAGAAGCUAAUGAGACCUCCUCAACUUCAUCAACAGAGCAAGAAUGUGAAAAUUGUAGCAGGUUGAUGGAAGCCCAGAUGAACUUGAAGAAAUGCACUGAAACAGGGAAAUACUUUGGUGAUAAAGAAGGAAUUGGAUUCAUUCAAGAAUCUGCGAAGGCCAUAGGGAAGGAGACCUUGAAACAACCCAUAAGCUUUGUUAAAUCUACAAAGAAGGUUAAUCAAGUCCAGGUUACUCAGAAGGAAACUCAAACUCAGAUUCAACAGAGAUAA